UGAACAUGGAAAAACUAAACAGAACAGAACAGGACAGGACAGAACGAAGAGGAAGAACAGAGCAUCUCCCUUCCUUUUCUUCCUCUCUUUCCAUCUGUAUGCGUUUAAGCUGCUUUUUCUUCUUCUUUCUGGGGCAGAAGAAAUCUGGCGGGUGUCACAAACGUGUCAAGAGACAAGUAGGCAGUGGGCCCACUCUGCAUGGCCAUGGCAGUUACAGUCUUUUCUUCUCCCCCUCCCUUUCCUCGUCUCUGCUGAUUUCUCACGUCACAGUCUUCUCCUCUACUCAAUCCUCUGCCCUUAAUCGCACCUUUCCCCAUCAGCUCUUGCUCUUGCAAUGCUCGUGUGAAGGGUAAAUCCCGACAGACCACAGACAGCCGCUGCAAACUUAGCUCAGCUGAAGAGAUUCAUUUGAUGCCCGAUCGAGCUGUUUCGGGGGUCUGAGCUCGAACAACGAUGACUUCUGAGUCGGAAAACAGCGUUUCCCUGGGCAACCUCAAGCUGGCGCUGGUCCCGAUGCCGCCCCCGUCGGACUCGGCAGAGCCGCUGCAGCCCAAGGACCAGACUGUUCCUUCGCCGGGCCAGCAGCAGAGCUCCAUCCUCUCGCUCACCCUCAAUGAGAUCCAGUGCAAGAGCGGGAAGAGCUUUGGCUCGAUGAGCAUGGACGAGUUCCUGGCGAGUAUUUGGAGCGUCGACGAGGGCACAUCGGCGUCGGCAUCCCUCUCCUUCCCCCGGAAUGAUCCCCCGGAGGAUAGUCAUAAACCUGCUGCUGCCACUGGUCCCGGUUCCCUGCUGCGACAGGCCUCAUUCUCGAUCCCGACCCUGCUGUGCAACAAGACCGUGGAUGAGGUCUGGUUCGAGAUACACAAGGACCAACAAGACAAGCAGCUGCCUGGCCCUGGACCCAGCAACCUCAGCAAUCGUGCCCCGCCGAGGCGCCAGCCGACAUUGGGGGAAAUGACCCUUGAGGAUUUCCUCGUGAAGGCCGGGGUCGUGCAGGAGCCAGCAACUCUGCCUUCUCAGUCUAAGAAUUUAACGGCUUUGGCAUUUCUUAAGCCUCCGCCGGGGUUCAUGGAUUCUGCUCCAUCAUUUAAUCCCAGCUAUGGAACGAGAAAUCUGGCUGGUUUCGGAUUGAUCUCCAAUAGCCAUGGGUCCGGUAACAAUCUUUCCGGCAACGGGAUCACGGGUAAUUACCCUCUGAUAUUUGGAAACAAUGGUAACAGGUGUGCUGGAGAAUCCUCUUGCAAUGUCUUGAACGAGAACUGCCAUGGUCUUGCGGAAGCGAUGGGAUUAAAAAGGAGGAUUAUCGAAGGGCCACCAGAAGUGGUGGUCGAGCGAAGGCAGCGUAGGAUGAUUAAGAACCGAGAGUCAGCAGCUCGAUCUCGAGCCAGAAAACAGGCAUACACGGUCGAGCUGGAAGUAGAGCUUAAUCAGCUUAGGGAAGAAAAUGAGAGGCUCAAAAGGAUCGUGGCGGAGACAGAUGGGAAACGACAAAAAGAGGUGAUGAGGAGGAGGCAACCUAUUAGAGCAGUGAACGCAGCUGACCAGCUCAGGGCCAUAAGGAGGACAGUGAGUAUGGCUUGGUGAAGGACAGGGAUAGCUUGGAAGAAGAGCAACUAUGGAAGUUCCUCUGGUUUUAGGAACAUCAUGUGAAUAUUUCAAGAUGUAUGUAUGUGGUGAAAUAUUGGAAUGUGCAUAAAUAAGAGUAAUUUGAGGCAAAUUAACAUGUAUAGAAAAUAGAUAUGAAUAGAUCUAUGAUAUUUGUAGGGUAUACAUGCAUAAUCUGUCCAGACAUCGUCAAAUGUAGGAAUGGUACUGCUGGAUCUUCUCUCCUUGUUCUAUAUGGAAUGGUAUAUGAGAAAUCUCUGUACUUUUCAGACCA